UACAGCGGUGAUGGCUCGACUGGGGCUGGAUGGCCUGCACAGAGCGCCUGGGCUAGCUUCGACAACUUAUGGAAUGCCAAUCUUGGCGCGAUUAAUGGCGCGUGUCAGAACAAUGGAUGGGGUGUGGCAAAUAACUCUCCUACAGAGACUUCGCAAAUCCAGGCCGCUAUCCUUAGCCUUGCAUCCUCAUCCGGUGUCGAUUCGCGCUAUAUCUUGGCGACUAUAAUGCAGGAGAGCAAGGGAUGCGUGCGUGUUCCAACGACGCAAGGAUUCUGGGCAAAUCCCGGUCUGAUGCAGGAUGCCAACGGCUCACACACCUGCUGGAUAUCGCCAGGCAAUGGCAUCAACCCAUGCCCAAACAGCCAAAUUGUAGGCAUGAUCCAGGACGGCACCACAGGAACUUCUUCUGGUGAUGGCCUGAAGCAGCUUCUUGGCCGUCUGUCGACUACUGGAGCCCAGCAAGUUUACCAGGCUGCACGACUUUAUAACUCAGGCAGCAUCCCUUCCAAUGGAGACUUGAGCGGGCCUGGUGCUACUCCCUCGUACUCCUCAGACAUUGCCAACCGUUUGCUCGGCUGUGUUUUUUAA